AGCUUCAAAGCUCAACAAAAUCCGAUAGAAAACUGCCCUGCUUUACUCUACAUGUAAAAGAUACUGAGCAUCAGCAUCUGGCAGACAAGAUGACAAAUAUUUGAAGUACAGCAUUAUCUUAUAAACGAGUAAAUUUAAUCCGUCCGUCGAGUGUUUUAGUGGUCAUCAAGAUAAUAAGUGCGUGAAAACCGCUUCCGACACCGCAGAAAAAAGUAAUUGAAUUAGUUGUGGGAGAUUUGUGUUGCUGGUGAGAAGUGCAGUCAUGCCGCAGAGUGAUGAGAAUAGAGAUGUGAAUAUUAAUCAGGAAGAAUGUGAAGGUGAAAAAUUUAUUCCGCAUCUCAGGAAGAAUUCCCUGGAUGCGGAUCUACCACUAACUAAGGAUACAACAUGCGGACUUGGACCACUUAACUGGUCUUUCUUGCAAAAAUUCGCAAAUAAGAAUGUUUAUGUUGCGAUAACUGGCAUUUCGGGAGCUGUCUUUAUUAGCCGCUUCACUUACUUCUACGGUACAAUAUCAACGCUUGAAAAGAGAUUUAAGAUUCCCAGCCGAAACAUCGGCUAUCAGUCCAUUGGGCAUGAGCUGAUGCUGACUUUUGUAGCCAUUUGCAUAACGUACUUUGCUGGUAAAGGUCACAAACCCCGAUGGAUUGGACUAGGUCUACUGACAACAGCCCUUUCAUGCUUCUUCAUGGCAUUGCCGCAUUUUAUCUAUGGCGGCGGUAGUGUGGAAACCUUAACGCUUGAACAUGGCUACGACCCUAACCUAGGUGGUCUAGAAGAGGCACUAGAACGCGAAAAGAGAAAGGAUCUCUGCAACACUGAUGCAAAUUGGGCAGCAAAGUGUGACACCGAUGAGGGGCACAUUGCACCUCAGGUGAUCUUCUUUGGUGCCCAAAUUGUUGCAGGCUUUGGGUCAGCCAUCGUAUCAAGCCUAACAUCAAUCUACAUGGAUGAUAAUGUAAAGAAGGAAGACAGCCCCAUUCUCAUAAGCAUACUAUUCUUUCUCAGCAUGACAGGCCCACUAGUUGGCUUUGGUAUUGCGGGAAUUUGUCUUAAGUUCUUCGUUAAUCCUUCCCUUACACCCACUAUACCAAAUACUGACCCCCGAUGGGUUGGUCUCUGGUGGUUUGGAUGGCUUGUAAUUGGAAUAGGGCUACUGUCUAGUGCACUACUAACUGCACUAUUCCCAAAAACAUUGCCAGAUGCAGCAAAGAGGAAACAUCUUGCUAUGCUUGAAGGUAGAGCAGUUGCCAAUGAAAGUAUCUUACCAGCUAGUUGGAAUGACUUCAAAACAACCCUAAAGCGUCUCCUGUCAAAUAAAGUCUACGUACUGUGCAAUUUAACUGCUAUUUGCUCAAUUUACGGAACAGAACCAUAUUAUAUCUAUACACCGAAAUACAUUGAAUCUCUGUAUCAGAAAACACCUACUGAAUCUAAUUUCUACACAGGAACUGUUGGAUUUAUCUUCACGAGCAUUGGCACAAUAGCAUCAGGUAUUGUAGUCUCACGUUUUAAACCAAGUGCCAAACGAAUCGUCCAAUGGAAUUGCUUAAUAAGCAUCGUGCAGAUCUUGUGCAACAUUACCUACUCCCAACUAAGCUGUCCAGCCAAAGAAAUGGCCAUUAAUUUUGAAAAUUUCACAAACUUAGAUUCGUGCAGUGCUAACUGCAACUGCGAUUUUGUUCAGUAUGCCCCAGUAUGUGGGGAAGAUGGAAAAACCUACAUUUCAUCCUGUCAUGCUGGAUGCAGUGAUAACGAAGAUGUAACCGAGAAUGCAACUAAAAUAUUCACAAAUUGCUCGUGCAUAGCAACCAAUGGAAAAGCAUUAGGAGGCUAUGCAACUGAAGGAGCCUGUCCCAUUAACUGUCAAAGAGAAUUUACACUCUUUCUCAUUACAAUGAGUUUCCUGAGACUCAUAAUGGCUACAGGUGUCACAGGAAGCUUCCUACUUAGCGUUCGAUGCGUAGCUGAGAAGGAUAAAACAAUCUCAUUGGGAAUCAAUAUGGCGUUCUGUAGUAUUUUGGGUUUUCUACCCAUCCCAGUUGUUUUUGGCGCCAUUGUUGACAGCACAUGCGACCUCUGGGGUAAAACCUGUACAACAAGUGGCAAUUGUUGGCUCUACAAUGGUCCAUCACUUAGAUAUUUAUUAAACUUUUCAACAUGCUUCGCCAACACCUUGGCACUUUGUUUCAACAUAGUUAAUUCGAAAUUUGUUAAAAAUAUUGAAAUUUUUGAUGAAGAGGAAAAUAGUAAAAAUAGCAAAUGCUCUGAAGAAACUCACAAACUAGAAACAACUAAUUUAUAGUGGAAAAAUAAUUAUAUAAAUAAAAUGUUUAUGCAUUAAGUGGAUGAA